UUUGAUGGUGGAUUUUAAGCUUGAAAACCGGCAGCUGUACGUAGGAGUGUGAUUGUAGAUUAAUUUUGGACUGAUUUACUGAAGUAAUUUCAUAUCAACUGGAGGCGAAAUUACUCUUUAGAGAUGCUUUCUAGCUUAGCCAGAAGAUUGGGCCCAGUUUCAAGGCAGCAUUUGCCGAGAACUGUUGCCAUCGCAAGCAGGCAGCUGAACACAGAUGUACAGUUGACAACAAAUCCUUUCAAACUUCACAAGCUUGAAGAAGGUCCUAGGACAACCAGCACGCUGACCAAGGAUGAAGCCUUGAACUACUAUCACAAGAUGCAAACCAUUAGGAGGAUGGAGACGGCUGCUGCAACCCUCUAUAAAUCAAAGGAGAUCAGAGGCUUCUGUCACUUGUAUUCAGGACAGGAAGCAUGUGCAGUAGGUAUAGAUUCAGUGUUAACACCAGAUGAUGCAGUUAUCACAGCAUACAGAGCUCAUGGUUGGGCCUAUCUCAGAGGUGUUACCUUACAUGGUGUGCUAGCAGAACUCACAGGCAGGAGAACAGGUUGUGCUAAAGGAAAAGGAGGUUCCAUGCAUAUGUACUGUAAGAACUUCUAUGGAGGAAAUGGCAUCGUAGGGGCACAGGUUCCACUUGGUGCUGGGAUUGCCAUGGCACUUAAAUACAUGGAAACCAAGAAUGUGUGCAUCUCUCUGUACGGUGAUGGAGCUGCCAAUCAGGGUCAGGUCUUCGAGGCUUAUAACAUAGCCAAGCUCUGGGAUCUACCAUGUAUCUUUGUGUGUGAGAAUAACAAGUAUGGAAUGGGAACGGCUGUCGAGAGGUCCGCUGCAUCAACGGAUUAUUACACCAGAGGAGAUUAUAUACCAGGCAUCUGGGUUGAUGGUAUGGAUGUUGUAGCAGUCAGGGAAGCUACCCGUUAUGCCAAGGACUACUGCACAUCAGGAAAGGGUCCACUUGUAAUGGAGGUUGAGACCUACAGAUAUCAUGGACACAGUAUGAGUGAUCCAGGAACAAGCUACAGGUCUAGGGAAGAGGUCCAGGAGAUCCGACAGACCCAGGAUCCUAUCACCAAGCUCAAAGAUACCAUCCUUGCUAAUGAAUUAGCCACAGAGGCUGAGCUCAAGGCCAUUGACACGUCUGUCCGAUCUGCUGUUGAUGAAGCCAUGACUAAAGCCAAGGCCGAUCCAGAGCUACCAGUCUCUGAGACCUUUACCAACAUCUAUGCAAACAGCGCCCCCAUGAAGGUCAGAGGGGCCGAUGCAUUCUCCUACCACAAUUCUUAACAACUAUGAGACUGAAUAGAAUCAUCCAAGGAAUAUUUCGUCAAUCUUGAAAUUGAUUGAUUUAAACAAAAAUCAAUUUAGGUCUUACACACUGAUUUAAUGAACAGCUGAGAAUCAGUUUUAGUCUACAACUGAGUCCGUGAUAGCACUGAUUCUAGGAAUCGAUUUUAAGAUUGAGGAAACAACCCAGGAUGCAUCUACAGUAUGUGUAAUAACAGAUCCUUCCAUUUGUCUUGAAGGGGGAAAUUCAUGAUCUGUGGUGGAGGGUUGAUCUCUC